ACGCCCCCCCGCCGACGGCUCCGGUCAUGUGACAGUCCCCGCCCCCCCGCGAUCAUAUGACCGGCUCUUUCUUCCCCGCCAGCGCGCCCCAGAAGCGGCUCCUGUCCCUGCCAGAGGUCUCCAUGGCGCAGCCGCCUCUCCGGCUGGUGGCGCUGCUGGCCCCCCUCGGCCUCUGCCUGUGCCUGACCGGCGCCGCGGAUCCGCCUCGCAACUACGCCGCCGCCGCCGCUCGGAGCCCGGAGCCGGACCAGCCCUUCCGGGUCCCCGUCGGGUGGCGGCGCCUGGGCCGGGUGGCCCCCUCGGAGGCGCUCAGCCUGACCUUCGCCCUGCGGCAGCAGCGGGUCGAGCGCCUGGCGGAGCUGGUGCAGCGCCUCUCCGCGCCGGACUCCCCCCAGUACGGGCAGUUCCUGACAUUGGAGGAGGUCCAGGCGUUGGUCAAGCCAUCCUCACUGGCUCUGGACACCGUUCACAAGUGGCUGGAGGCUUAUGGCGUCCAAGACUGCCAAACCGUGUACACUGGGGAUUUCUUGCAGUGCCUGAUGCCAGCACAUGUGUGAACAUGGAGCAGCCCUUUGGGUGCGCAGUUCCACCGCUACAAGAAUGGCACGCAUAGUGUGGUGAGGUCUCCUUUCCCAUACACCCUGCGGGAGGAGCUGGCGGAGCAUGUGGAUAGUGCGGGGGGCCUCCACCGGCCUCAGCCACAGCAAAGGCGGUCACUGGGCCUGGGGAGCACAGGAGUAUGGGUUAAGGCCUGGCAGGCGGCAGCUAUCCCUCCCUUCCACCUGGGCGUGACACCGGCCGUGAUCCGCAAGCGCUACAACCUGACCGACGCCGACGUCGGGGCCGCAGCCAACAACAGCCAAGCGUGUGCCCAGUUCCUCGAGCAAUACUUCCACCCGGCUGACUUGGCCGAAUUCAUGCAUCUCUUUGCGGGAGGCUUCCCGCACCGCUCCAGCGUCGACCAGGUUAUUGGGCGCCAGGGGAAAGGCAAGGCUGGCCUGGAAGCCAGUCUGGAUGUGGAGUAUCUCAUGACCACAGGCGCAAACAUCUCCACCUGGGUCUUCAGCAACACAGGGAGGCACGAGAGCCAGGAGCCCUUCCUGCAGUGGCUGCUGGUGCUGAGCAACAUGUCUGCCUUGCCGUGGGUGCACACGGUCAGCUACGGAGACGACGAAGACAGCCUCUCGCAGGCCUACAUGGCGCGCAUCAACGUGGAGUUCAUGAAGGCGGCCGCCCGGGGGAUCAGCAUUCUCUUUGCCUCAGGUGAUUCCGGGGCAGGUUGCCGGAAGGCUUCCGGGGGGAAGCACGUGUUCCGCCCCAGUUUCCCAGCUUCCAGUCCUUACGUGACGACCGUGGGUGGGACGUCCUUUGAGCACCCCUUCCUGGUGAGUGCGGAAGUGGUUGACUACAUCAGCGGAGGGGGCUUCAGCAACGUCUUCCCCAUGCCGAGUUACCAGGUGUCUGCCGUGAAAGAGUUCCUGAGCACCUCCCCCAAACUGCCUCCCGCCUCCUACUACAACAGCAGUGGGCGAGCGUACCCAGACGUGGCGGCUCUUUCGGACAACUACUGGGUGGUGACCAACCGCAUCCCCAUGCCGUGGGUCUCUGGCACCUCGGCCUCGACUCCAGUGGUGGGGGGCAUCGUUGCCCUGAUCAAUGACCGGCGCCUUCAGCAAGGGCGUCCCCCGUUGGGCUUCCUGAACCCUGCGCUCUACCAGCUCCAGGGGCAGGGGAGGUCCUCUGCCUUCUACGACGUGACGCAGGGCUGCCACCUGUCGUGCCUGGAUGCCACCGUGGAGGGCCAGGGGUUCUGCGCUGCUCCCUCCUGGGACCCCGUGACCGGCUGGGGGACCCCCAACUUCCCAGAGCUCCUGCGUGCCCUGCUGGCUCUAUGACGACCCCAUGGGGAGGAAGGUCCUUCUCUGGCUCCGGUCCUGAAGCUGUUCAACCUCUUCGGCGCACGAGGCCCCCCCCUGUGGAAAGGAUCUCUCUUGGGGCCGAUUUCUGCACCUGCUUGGGAAUGGGGGGCGGGGGGGCGUGCUGUCCUUGGGUGGGUUCCGGGGCAGGCCACUUGUCCUGCUGCCUGUGGGGUGAUUAGAACACUCGUGAAUUGGGUCCCCAGUCAAAGAAAGAGACCCUCUUGUGCCUCCGGAAACAGGACCCGCGGGCCGGAGGGCGAGUUUGCAUCAGUCCUGAUUGCUCUUCUUUUGGCCAGCUGCCUCCUGGAAAGGAAGUAGGGCUGCAGGUGGCUGAAAGACCGCAGGGCAGGGGUCAGAUGUAUGGGGCUGGCAGGAAGUGGAGCCCUUGCCCCCAACAUUCAAACCACUUCCUAGCUGUCCAGGACUCCUCUCUGGCGGCCCCUACAGCGAGCCCCUUCUUGGGUUCCCUUCUUGGGACAUUUGCCUCUUGACGGAAGAAUCGCUGCGCGAAGGGAAGACCAGCAGCCUGGCAGUUCUGUGUCCCUCGGCAUGUCUGUCCACACAUUCCUGCCUGCGUGGGGGAGAGCGGAGUGGCUGACAGGACGCAGGCUGUGAGUUUGCAACAGACUGUCUCUUCGGAGUGCGCAUUUGACCUGAGGAAUUAGUUUUCUUGGUUUACAUGGAGUUCGUUUUGAUUUCAUAUAUGGAGCUCUGAUUUCCCUCAAACUGUUAUAUUUGGACACUGUAAUUUAAACAAUCUGAUUUCCAGGAUGCUAAGAGAGAUGCUUGGAAGUGCAAGAGAGGCGUGUUUCCGGGCAGGCUGCUGCAGUGGCCCCCGGGGAAGGGGGGGGGGGCGUCAUUUCAUCGCCACUCAUGUUUCUCUGGCCCUUCUCAUGCGCUGCAAGGACGGGCAUCCUUCUGAACCCGGAGGGUGGAUUGUGUCCGCAGCCAUCUGCAAUCCGUCUGCAUUCCCCACUUGGGGUCUCUCUCUUGGGUCUCCCCCCUUCCCCGCCUCUCCCAGCACCAGGCCAGCCUUUCUGUGGCCGGCCUGUGGGUUCGGGGGCCGGCAGACUUGGAGCAAGCAGGCCGCCCUGGGCCCGUUGAGCUCUACAUCUCUGAUCACGGCACCCUGCUGACGGGGAGAGGGUGGCAUGCUCUUCCUUCCGCCUCACGUCGACAGCGAGAGGCUUGGGAAGUUCAGUCGCGUUAAGAUGUUGCCAUCUCUUUAACUGAAGCCCAUGUCAAUAAAUACUCUGGAAACGGGUCUGUGUUGAGAUGGGCUUUCCUGGCAAGGACCCGUGGAGACGUUCAAGGUGAGAGAUGAAUAGAGAUGGCUGGCCAUCGCCUGCCUUUGGACAGCAACCUCCGCCUUUGCAGGUGGUCUCUCUCUCAUCCAAGUACUGACCACAGCUGUCUGUGCUCAGCUUUCAAGCUCUAAUGAGUAUGGACCAUUCAGGCUACCUGAUAAUAAUAGAACCUAUGUAGCUUUUUUGGUGGGGGGGUGGGAGGGGGGAAUGAUAAGUGUAGCUUAGAGAGAGAGAGAGAAUGCAGUUACCCAGUUUUGCUCACACAGCCUGUCUGUCUCCCUUCUUUUAAUACACCGGUGUCACUUGAGUUAGAACUCAAGACUCCUGUUUGCUCCCAGCCAUGCCGGUCUCAAAUCACGCUCUCCCAAGGAAGAAGGGAGGGGGCGGUUGAGCCGGUCCUCCCUGAUGGGUGAUGGCUUGUAACAGGGGCAACCAUUCCACAGCAGGGGGAGGGCUCAGGUAGGCCCAAUGGGGACCUUGUCUGCUGUGCCAGAGACAGAGAAAGGCAGGCCAGUGGCCCUCUCUUCCGGCUGGUGUUUCUAACUGGGUGUGGGCAGAGAGUGGAGGAAGGGCCAAUACCAGAGUGGGGAGGUGAGGGGUGGGGCAAGAGACUCCAGGUGCGGAAGGAAGCUGGGCCUGUGGACUCUUUCUCUAUAUGGUCGAAGGCUUUCACGGACAGAUUCAGCUGGUUGUGGUGGGUUUUCCGGGCUGCGUGGCCAUAGUCUGGUAGAUCUUGUUCCUAAUGUUUUGGCUCUAUCUGGGCUGGUAUCUUCAGAGGUGUAUCACAGUACCACAGAGAGAAGUGUCCACGAAUUGUAAUGUUUUUACAUUGAACUCUGGUGUGGCCACAUCUGGAAUAAAGUCUACCCUAGUCUUCUG